AUGCAAUCCCUGUGCAACCCAAAGAACCAUGGCCAUCAGAUGCUCGUGUCGUCUCCCAGAUGUUCUUUGAACUGUCAAGCUUUAUCAAUCCACCUACCGCCACUCGGUGACAAAAGGGUCUCAUCCGGUAACAAUUAUCUGUCUCCGCCAAUGUCAGGAUCCUUUGAUCGAUCAACGUUCGACGACCCUUCUCAUCAUCACCCAAACAACAAUGACCGCCAAUACUCUUUGACUCCUCCAUCCCGCCCAUCCACAUCAAGGAAGUCCGACCCUCGAGCGGCUCACGCGAAGAAGAGUUUGGGAAAGGAUGUACGAGUUAACUUGAGCAUACCGAACAGCACUGACCGCGAGACGUCAGGCACGUCUCUGCAGCUAAGCGGCGACACUCAUACAGCAUUGGGGGACUCGAACGGAGAGGUCUCUUCGAAUGCUCAUGACUCGCCCGAGGGACAGUUGGUGGCUGGGCCCCCCGGGAUCGCGCGAAGAGCAAAGGCCCACGUUCCUUCAGCGUGCGUGAAUUGCAAAAAGAAGCACUUGGCGUGCGAGACAAAGCGACCUUGCAACAGGUGUGUUCAGACAGGCAAAGAGGCUAGCUGUGUUGAUGUGCAACACAAGAAGCGAGGCAGGCCCCGCUUGCGAGAGGAAGACAAUGUCAGAGAAAUGGCCUUCGGUACUGAGUAUCCUCACAGUGAAUUAUAUUCAGGUCAAUCUGGUGGCCUCUCGGAUCCUCACUCUGGCCGUCGCAGAUCGAAAACUUAUCGGGAGCUGCGCUCGCAACCCGAAACACCCUUCAUCGAUCAACGGCCGAGGACGUCUGAUCCUACGUUCUCACAACAGCAGUACAUGCAAGGAGCGACAUCCUAUCCUGUAUCUCCACCCACCAGUCAUUUCGUCAACCUGGAUAUUCCGACUGUGUUGCUCACGCCCGACUUCGUUGUGGCCCAGCACAAUCGCGCAUUCAGCAAUGCAUUGUCGUUGUCAUUUACUGCUAGAGCACAGACUCUGCUCGAUCUGGUCGUCCCUGCAGAAAGAGAGAAAAUCCAGCGACUCCAGUCCAUCAUGCGCGCCGAGCUUCGGGAAGCGGCUCAUUCGUCGCUCAUGCGAGGUGGCCAAAGCUCUCACGGAUCAAUGCCAUCAAUAGAACAUCUCGAUAUAGCUCGCGCCACCGCUGGUUUCCGCACUCGAUCUGAGUACUGGACCUUCCGCCUGCCUCGAGAGCAAUCAAGAGGCUUUCCCAUCUCGAUCUCCCUGGCCAAGGAAGGUGCUCAUUUUGUCGUUCUGACCUUGGUUCAAAGCACAAGCACAAUACAUGCUGUCCAAUCGCCUUCUCUACAACAGCUCGUGCACAGUCCACCGAUGCUGCAGUCUACGGUCCGUGGCUAUCAGUCCCCCCCUCAGCAGAUCCUCCCUCAUCACUCCACCCACCGAAGCCACCACCGCAACAGCCCCUCCGACGCCGGCAUUCCUUACAUCCUCUCCUCCCCCACCACAUCUCUAGACGAACAAAUGCUUCAGCUGCAACCAUCACACAGCCUCGCGCAAUACAAGCACGGCUCACCGCCGCGACCCGUCGUGUACAGCACCGCACGUACAACCUCGGGCUCAAGCGCAAGCUCAGACGUACCGCGAAGUUCCCCCGGCCAAUCGCUGCGUCAAGACAGCCUCCGCCAUCUGCAACUGCCGCCUAUCCGGACUGCUCCGACCAGCGAUCCAUCGGGAGGGAGAGAUUCGAUGAGGAGGCGGAAAGGGUCCGAGUCAACCCCAAGUCCUGGGCGAAGCAGUCCGCAGAGCGCCCAUAGCGGGAAGAGGAAGAAGAGGAGGAGGGUGGAUAUUGGGGAGAUGUUGCAUUGA